AUGUCCAAGAUCAUCGACGAUGUCAAGACCGGCCUCAAGGGCGUCCGGGGCGCCGGCGACGCUGUGCGCGGCGGCCUAAUGGAUGCCACCGACCAGGCUUUCGACAACAACUCGAACCACCCACAAACCCAGGCCUCACAGCAGAAGAACCAAGCCAUCGCCGAGAAAGGGAGGCAAGAUGUGAGAGGCGUGGACGACAUGAUGGCGCGCCGAGAAUGGGAACGCGAGGACGCCAAGGCUGCACAUCACGGAGCUGGCGUCGACACCGCUGCCACAGCUCAGGGGGCAACCAUUUCGGGACAACAACCUGCACAUGCACCGAAUGCGUCCAGCACAGGCACAACCGGGCAUGGACUGCCAUAG